UACACCUCCUCCUGGUGUCCUGCCCUCAAGACGGACCGGUAGCCGCUUCUGCUCCUUUAAGGCAAUGAGGAAUUAAAGCGCCUGCAGGGGCAGGGGGAGAGGGUUAUUCUGUGUAAUACUCAGAGAGUCUGUGAGGCUGCGAUUAGAGAACGACAGCGGGAAGAUGCGCUUGCCCGCUCCUUGCUGGACGCAAAGAAGCCAUGAAGAUGAUCUGACUUUGGAGUCUGACAAAAAACAGGGUCUUUUCCAUCCUCGCAUCCUCUCUCCACUUUUUUGCUUUAUUCUUCUUUUAGUUGGAUCCUAUUUAAUUGUCUAAAAGUAUCUUUUCUCCAAGGAUGACUUAAUUAUUUUUUGUUAAAAUUAGAUAAUCAAAGCUUUGUUUUCUUUUUUUUUUAGGAUUUGUUUUGGAGAUUUAGUUUAUGGCUAAUUUGGGAAAUUAUCUUGGCACCAGGACCCGGCUCUGACUCAGCAUCACACACACCUGGGUUUUACCACUUCAGCAUCCCCUUUGAAUAACAGGGAGAAGCAGCAAGACGCGGAGCACAAGAGGAGAGUCUGCGCGCAGCGCUCUCCCCAAGACAAUCACAGAGCCUCAUUUUGUCCGAGCGCAGAAAAAUAAAAGCAAAGACACAGGUUAGCGAAGGGGAAUUAAAGUAGAAAGGACAUUUUUUACUCAUUUGUGCGUAAAGCAAGUAAAGAGACUCGGACUGGCUCGCAUCAAGACACACGCAAAUGUUUAACCUUACACCAGGCGCACUGAAGAGAAACCCAGGGAGGCACCGGUCGGAGGAAGACGAGAAAGCAUAGCUUUGGGGGGAUUGAACGGAGCAGGGCAUGUGGAUAUUGGCUUUUAUCUUCCUCCAGAGCAUCUUAAAUGUUUUCGGCGAAGAUCUUCAUUCCAGCCUAUACUUUGUCAAUGCAUCUCUGCAAGAGGUAGUAUUUGCCAGCACAACGGGAACUUCGGUUCCCUGUCCCGCUGGGGGUGCUCCGCCCGCUUCGCUGCGGUGGUAUUUGGCUACCGGCGAGGAGAUCUACGAUGUCCCGGGCAUCCGUCACGUCCACACCAAUGGAACCCUCCAAAUCUUCAACUUCCUGCCAUCCAGCUUCAGCAAGCUGAUCCAUGACAACACGUACUACUGCACUGCCGAGAACCCUUCUGGCAAGAUCAGGAGUCAGGAUGUCCACAUCAAAGCUGUUUCGCGGGAACCCUACACUGUCAGAGUGGCUGACCAGAAGGCUAUGCGAGGCAGUGUGGCCGUCUUCAAGUGCAUUAUCCCCGCCUCGGUGGAGGCCUACGUCUCCGUUGUAUCAUGGGAGAAAGACACAGUUUCACUGAGCUCAGGACAAAGAUAUCUCAUCACAUCUACGGGAGCCUUGUACAUUGUGGACGUCCUGCCUGAGGAUGGCCUAAAUAACUACCGCUGCACAACACGCCAUCGCUACACGGGUGAGACCCGCCAGAGUAACAGCGCGCGUCUCAUUGUGUCAGACCCCACCAAUGCUGAGCCAGCCAUUUUGGAUGGCUUUGACCACAGAGAGGUAAAGAUUAAUCAUCGAGUGGAGCUCCCCUGUAAAGCCUCAGGCUUCCCUACACCCAAAUACCGUUGGCUGAAGGACAACAGCCCUCUGGAGCCAGACAGUCGCUUUCGCCAGACCAUCUCAGGGUUGCUCAUAGAGAAUGCACAGCCUAGUGACUCGGGGACGUAUGUAUGUGAAGUAUGGAACAGUUAUGGCAAUGCAGAGGUCAUGGGACGCCUGUAUGUUAAACAGCCUUUGAAAGCAAUGGUCAGCCCUCGAAAGGUUAAAGGCAGUGUGGGUAGCAAGGUGUCUCUUUCUUGUAGCGUGAGUGGUUCCGACGAAUAUGAGCUGUCAUGGUAUCGCAACGGAGAGAUCAUCUACCCUGGAAACAAUGUUCGCUUCACAGGGCUUAACCGGGAGAACCUAAUCAUUGAGGGAAUGACAAAAAGUGAUGGCGGAGCUUAUCAGUGCUUUGCCAGGAAGGGCAAGAUGUCUGCACAAGACUUUGUGCAGGUUAUCCUCGAAGACGGGACCCCAAAAAUCUUGUCCUCUUUCAGUGAGAAGGUGGUGAACCCCAACGAGCCCCUGUUCCUGGUCUGCAACGUGAAGGGAACGCCGCCUCCCAGGUGCAGCUGGUCGCUGGACGACGACCCCGUCAUCAAAGAUGGCCACCACCACCUGGGCCAUUAUGAGACCCAUGAAGGCCACGUAAUCAGCCAGCUCAACGUGACCCACACCCAGGUGCAGGACGGCGGGUUGUAUCGGUGCACGUGCAGCAACUCGGCCGGGGUCGUGUACCACCAGGCUCGAAUAAACGUAAGAGGCCGUGCCACCAUCCGUCCUAUGAAAAACAUCACAGCCAUUGUAGGGCGGGAUGCCUUUGUUCACUGCCGUGUGAUUGGCUAUCCUUACUACUCCAUAAAGUGGUACAAAAACUCUGCCCUGCUCCCGUUUAAUCACCGACAACGAGCUUUUGAGAAUAAUGGUACUUUGAAGCUGAGCAACGUGCAGCAGUCAGAUGCGGGAGAGUACAACUGCAAGGUGAUGGUGCAGCCCAACAAGAUGGAAUCCCAGAGUGUCCACGUCCGAGUGAGAGUCCCUCCUUACAUCCAGCCCUUUGAGUUUCAGCGUUUCACUAUCGGUCAGCGUGUGUUCAUACCUUGCGUGGUCAUGUCGGGCGACCGGCCUUUGGACAUCACCUGGCAGAAGGACGGACGGCCUAUUCCUAUCAGCUUGGGCGUGACAGUCGACAAUAUCGACUUUACCAGCUCGCUGCGGAUAAACAACCUGACACCUGACCACAACGGCAACUACACCUGCAUCGCCCGCAAUGAGGCCGCUGUUGUGGAGCACCAGAGUCAGCUCAUUGUUCGAGUUCCUCCUCAGUUUGUGGUUCAGCCUGAGGAUCAAGAUGGGAUCUAUGGGAAAACUGUGACCCUUAACUGCUCCGCUGAAGGCUAUCCACCACCCACUAUUGUUUGGGAGCACUCCAAAGGUGCCGGAGUCCCCCAGUUUCAGCCCAUCCUGCUGAACAGCGGCUCUCGAAUCCAGCUGCUGAGCAACGGUUCGCUGCUUAUCAAACACGUGCUGGAGGAUGACAGCGGCUUCUACCUGUGUAAGGUCAGCAACGACGUUGGAGCUGAUGUCAGCAAGUCCAUGUACCUCACUGUCAAAAUACCAGCCAUGAUCACCUCCUACCCAAACACCACUCUGGCCACGCAAGGUGAGGAGAAGAGGAUGAGCUGCAUUGCUCACGGGGAGAAACCCAUCAUGGUUCGCUGGGAGAAAGAGGAGCGCAUCAUCAACCCCGAAACCAGCCGAUACGUGGUUACUUACAAGGAAGUGGCUGACGAAGUCGUCUCAACACUAGUGAUCAUGCCAACUGUUCGCGAGGACUCAGGGUUCUUCUCCUGUCAUGCCAUCAACUCCUUUGGUGAGGACAGAGGCAUCAUACAGCUGACUGUGCAAGAACCACCAGAUCCUCCCGAGGUGGAGAUCCGGGAGGUCAAAGACAGAACUAUAGCUCUCCGCUGGACUAUGGGGUUUGACGGCAACAGUCCUAUCACAGGAUACGAUAUUGAGUGCAAGAACAAAACAGCUUCAUGGUUGUCUGCGCAGGUAACCAAAGAUGUGUCACCGCAGCUUAACCAAGCCACUAUUAUUGACCUCCAUCCUUCUUCAACGUAUAACAUCCGUAUGGUUGCCAAGAACAUUAUUGGAAACAGCAACCCCAGCAAUGAGCUCACCAUCACUACUGAUGAAGCAGCUCCUGAUGGCCCCCCACAAGAUGUCACUCUGGAGCCAACCUCCCCACAGAGCAUCAAAGUUUCCUGGAAGCCUCCCCAUAAACAUUUGCAAAACGGUGUGAUCCGCGGCUACCAGGUGGGCUACAGGGAGUACAGUCCUGGAGGGAGUCACCAGUUUACUAUUAUCAGUGUGGAUUCAACAGGAGACACCACCGAGAGCAUCAUGCUGGACAAUCUGAAGAAGUUCACUCAGUACAGCGUGGUUGUUCAGGCUGCAAACAGAGCUGGAACAGGACCUUCUUCACAGCAGGUGGUCACCAAGACCCUGGAGGAUGUGCCCUCCCGACCUCCUGAAAAUGUGCUGGCAGUAGCCAAAUCUCCAGAGGUGAUUUCCCUCUCCUGGAUGCCUCUACCAAGAGAAGCUCUCAAUGGAAACCUGCAGGGCUACAGAGUAAUCUACUGGGCAAAUCUGCCUGAUGGAGAACUUGGUGAAAUCCGGAAUGUGACAACUGGUCAGCCUUCUCUGGAGCUGGAUGGUUUAGAGAAGUACACCAACUACAGCAUCCAGGUCUUAGCUUUCACUAAUGCUGGAGAUGGAGUCCGCAGUGAGCAGAUCUAUGUUCGCACCAAAGAGGAUGUUCCUGGUCCACCAGCAGGAGUAAAGGCUGCAGCCUCUAGCAGCUCUGCUGUGUUUGUCUCCUGGCUGCCUCCGCUUAAACUUAAUGGCAUCAUCAGAAAAUACAUCGUCUUCUGCUCUAACUUGCAUCCCAUGGUGAUGAGUGAGUUUGAGGCAUCUCCCGAUAAAUAUUUUUACAGGAUCCCAAAUUUGGCUCGAAACAGACAGUACAGUGUCUGGGUGGUGGCAGUGACGGCUGCAGGACAUGGAAACAAUAGUGAGAAGAUCACCGUGGAGCCUUUACCCGAAGCUCCAGCUAGAAUCCUGACAUUUAAUGGAACAGUCACUACUCCCUGGAUGAAGGACAUUGUUUUACCAUGCAAAGCUGUUGGAGAUCCUCCUCCCACCAUUAAAUGGCUCAAGGGAAACACAAAUGGGACACCUACGCCUGUAAUUGUGGAUGGUCGUCGUAGCGUCCAUGGCAACGGGAGCUUCCUAAUCCGUACAGUAAAAGCAGAGGACUCUGGGAACUACAGCUGUGUGGCCAGCAACAACUGGGGGUCUGAUGAGAUCACCCUGAACCUGCAGGUUCAAGUACCCCCUGACCAGCCCCGUCUCACAGUUACCAAGACUACCACCACGUCAAUCACAUUGUCAUGGAUACCCGGAGACAACGGAGGGAGCUCCAUCAGAGCACAACAGUUAACUCCUAAAUGCUAG